AUGGGUAACUCAAAUUUCAACAACAAGAACAGUCAUAACCCGUUUGACAAUGUUUCUGACGAUGAUGAUGAUUUGUUUGAUGACAUUGAACCAGUGCAACAAGGUUCACCAUCACAGCCUCAGCAUCAUCAUAUAGCUACUAAUGCCAAUAAUAGAUAUCAAUUCGAUAAUUCUCCAUAUCGUCGAUCAUCAUCGUAUGAUGUGUACAAUAAUAACCCUUUUGUUGGCAACACUAGUUACACCAACACUACCACUCCACCACCAAUGUUACAACAACAACAACAGCCAGCCUUGUCUCCUUUACAACCUCCUUUGUUUAACAACAACGGUAACAAUAAUACCCUUUAUCAACAACAACAGUACAAAAAGUAUAGAACUCCAACUAGCUCCAAUUCAAACUCCUCAUACAGUACUAUGGUUGAUAAUGAUGAAUUCCAAUUGCUGAGGAAGAAAACUGUUGCUUUCACUGAACCAGAGUAUCCUCCAUUGACUUAUUCCCCGGGUAAAAAAAGAGAUACUGCCACCAGUACUAAUGUAUAUGACUAUGAUUUAGAAGAAAUGGAUGAUGGUUCUCUUGUUGCCAGCGGAGGUAGUGGUGGAAUACAUGCUGAUUUUGCUGGUGACGAUUAUAUCAUUAAUCCUUUGCAAGAUGCUGAUGAUGACGAUUCAUUGGAUCCAUUUGGUGAUGACGAAUCUUUGUUCCUGGACACUGGUGAAGAGAUUUUGAGACGUGGUACCACCAUCAAGAAGAGACAUUCUACUCGUCGUGGUCGUAGAAAUGGGACAUUGAAAAGGGGUAAGAGUAGAAACACUGAAUAUGGUGGAGAAAAUGAAAAACUUGUCAACAAUGACAAUGGAGAUGAAGAAGAUGGCGAUGGUGAUGAUGAUGACGAUGAUUUCAAGCCAAAAUUAACUUACACCAAAACUAUCAAGAAAGCUAAAUUGAUUAAUGGUAAUUAUGUAAUUGAUGCACCAGUUCCAAAAACGUUAUUGGAAACUUAUGGUAAGAAAAUCAAUUAUCAUCAAGAUAAUGUAUCUAGAGAGAUGUCAUUCGUUAGGUAUACAGCUGCUACGUGUGGACCUUCUAAUUAUGUUAAAUUUAACUAUAACUUACGUCAAGAAUUAUAUGCUCCUUCUCGACAAACAGAAAUAAUGAUUUGUAUCACCAUGUAUAAUGAAGACGAAGUAUUAUUGGCAAGAACAUUGAAAGGGGUUUUCGAAAACAUCAGAGAUUUGACUAAUCGAUCUGAUCCUAAUUGGGGUGACGACAGUUGGAAGAAAAUUGUUGUCUGUAUUGUUAAUGAUGGUCGAUUGGAAUUGAAUAAACGGACAGAAACAUUAUUGGCAGCAUUGGGUAUUUUCCAAGAUGGGUAUGCCAAAUCUAAAAUUAAUGACAAAUCAGUGAAGGCUCAUAUCUAUGAGUACACUUCCACUGUUGGAAUAGACGCUGUCAAUGAUAAAGUUCAUUUGGCUUGUAAUUCAACUCCAGUUCAAUUUUUGUUUUGUUUGAAAGAAAAGAAUAGUCGUAAAAUCAAUUCUCAUCGUUGGUGUUUUCAAGCUUUUGCUCCAAUACUUAAUCCCAAAGUAAUAAUGUUGUUGGAUUGUGGUACCAAACCUUCACGUGAUGCAUUCUUCCAUUUAUGGAAAUCAUUUAAAGAUCCUAAUGUUGCUGGUGCUUGUGGAGAAAUGCGAGUUGCCUUGGGACCCAACAAGAAUUUAUUAAUGAAUCCGUUAGUGGCAGCACAAAAUUUUGAAUAUAAAAUUUCCAAUGUGUUAGAUAAACCGAUGGAAUCGGUGUUUGGAUUUAUUAGUGUGUUGCCAGGGGCUUUCAGUGCUUAUAGAUAUGAAGCAUUAUUAAAUGUCAAUGGAGAAGGUCCGUUAGAAAAAUAUUUCAAAGGAGAAUAUUUACAUCAAAUGACAACAGAAGGUGAUUCCAAUGAUCCAGACUUUGACGAUGAACGUGAUGUAAAAGAGAAAAACUUCCAACAAGCAGGUAUAUUUACUAGUAAUAUGUAUUUGGCAGAAGAUAGAAUUUUAUGUUUUGAAUUGGUGGCCAAGAAGAAUCAUAAUUACAUUUUACGUUAUGUUAAUGAAGCCAAAGCUGAAACUGAUGUUCCUGAAAACAUUGAUGAAUUUGUCUUGCAAAGAAGAAGAUGGCUUAAUGGUUCUAUGUUUGCUGCUGGUUAUGCUGUUUUCCAUUGGACAAAGAUUUGGCGUUCCAAUCAUUCUUUGUUUAGGAAAUUAUUUCUUCAAUUGGAAUUUUAUUACCAAUUAGUUACAAUUUUGGUGUCUUGGUUUUCAUUAGCAAGUUUCUUUUUGGUUUUCCGUAUUUUAACUGCUAAUUUAGGGUCUAGUGACAUGAAUUUCAAUGUUGGUAAAUAUCUUGCCAUUAUAUUUUUAUGGUUUUAUGUUGGGUCUGUUGUUUGUACUUUUGUUUUGGCAUUUGGUAAUACCCCUAGGGGAACUAGGAAAUUCUAUCUUGUUAUUGCUGUGUUUUUCGCUAUUUUAAUGGCGUAUAUGAUGUUUGCAGCAAUCUUUUUGGCAGUGCAUACAGUCAAUUCGAUUGUUCAUAAUCACAAGACUGAUUUCACUAUUGCCUUGGUGUUUACAAACACCAAAUUCCGUGAUUUGGUGGUAUCUAUGGUGUCCACUUAUUUGUUAUAUUUCAUUGGAGCAUUUAUGUAUGGGGAACCUAGCUUUAUGUUUACUUCGUUUGUUCAAUACGUGUUGUUAUCUCCAACCUAUAUCAAUGUGUUGAACAUUUAUGCCUUUUGUAACAUUCACGAUGUUAGUUGGGGGACAAAAGGGGUUGAACAAGCCAAAGAUUUGGGGUCAGCAAAAUCUUUCGGUAAGAAUUCUGAUGAAUUGGUGAUGAUUGCACCAGAGAAUUUGACACAAGAAUUGAAUGACAAAUAUGUUGCCACAUUGGAAAAUUUACGUACUAUGAUACCCGUGAAAGAUAUACCUCAAGAAAGUAACAAGAAAAAAGAUGAUUUGGCUUAUUAUGCAUUUAUUAGAACCAUUACGGUGUUGGUAUGGAUGCUCACUAAUGCUAUUUUGAUUGCUAUAGUGUUAGAAGCUGGUGGAGUCGAUAUUUUAAGUGGUAAUAAAUCAGGUCAAACGAAUGCUGAUGGAUCCAUUUCCGGUAAUUCUCAAGUAUUUUUAACAAUCAUUUUAUGGAUUGUCGCUGGGUUAGCAUUGUUUAGAUUCAUUGGAGCAUUUUUAUUCUUGAUAUUCAAGAGUUUCCGUCCACUUAAAUGGAAAUUGAGAGCUAAACGAGAAAACAAACGUAAUAGAAAUCAAAAUAGAAAUGUCUAA